GGACUUAUCAUCAGGCAGUAUCCUUCUGCCAGCUCCCAAUCAACAUGUUUCAAAUGAAUUUCUGGCAUAAAGCAGACGAGAACAAGAAAUCUACCGGAAACCUGUGGUACAUGUACGUCAACAAAUUGGUAGAUAUCAAUUUAAGUCAUGUGGACUUGUGCCAAACCAGUGGAUUCGUUUCUGUUCAGGACCAAAAUAUCACAAGUGGUGAUCCUCUUCCAAGUCCUAUCCCGUAUCCUGGAGGAAGCUUUACCCUUCCUUCCAAGAGCCCAAGAGCUUGUUGCUACUAUAAGGGCGAUCGAUCGGCUGUGGGCGAUUUCUUCUGUCCGGGAAAGUCGACUGUAUUCUGCCAGGAAAAUGUGGGCGAAGCACAAGCCGUCUGUGAUGCCAAUACUAGUAUUUACCGGAUGAUUCUUUGCGGCUUGGGAAACCAGUUUGAAAUUUCUCAUUUUGCUUCAUGAUUCUCAAGCGAUUAUUACCUCUGUCGAUUUUCAAUUCUUUUUAUGCCCUGAAUUUUCUUUAGACCUUUUUAUGUUGGCUUUAUGUAGUUGAAGUCCAAGCUAGUUUUCCUCAGUCUGGGUUUCAUUUUGGUAUCCAGAUUUUGCUAUUGAAAGUUUAUGUGCUUAAUUUUGUUUCUCGGAUUUA